ACGAAGACCAAACCUUGUCUUGUCUUGGGUUAAAGGGGAAUCCAGCCUUGGCCAUAAAAUGUUGUGUUAGGAAGGAGAAAAAUAAAUUAAACAGAAGGGUGAAAGUUUGAAAGAAAUCGGACAAGCAAUAAGAAAGUUAUAGCUGCUUUAAAUUGAGAUCACCAAUACUAUGUAGAUUUCAAAUUGGCAACUGGGUAAGUAAAUUAUGACAGGGGGCAAGGACAACUUUCCCAUAGGCCAUGUACUUUAUGAUCAGGGAUUUGCGGUUUUCUCCUAAGUACCCAUUCCCCUGGGGCAGUAAUCUAAAUAUAACCCAGGUAGUAUAUUGUUUUAUGUCCUCAUGGAAGAAAAAUAUAAUUUGAAAUAAAACUUUUGGGGAAAAUGACAUUUUAGCCAUAAUAUGUAUUGGAGUACGUGGAAGAGUAGUCCUUGCCUUACAUCACUCUGACAUCCCAUAUGCGGCCAGUUUGAAGCCUCCAUGGGUAAAGUGAUUACCAAUAUUUACAACUUUUAAAAAUUCAUAACUUUCUUGUUUGUCCAAUAUUGUUCAAACUUUCACCUAUCAACUUGUCUGAUUUUUCUUUUCCUUAUAAAAACAAGUUUUUAUUUGGGUUGGAUUCCCCUUUAAGUCGGCAUAUGCAGACUUGCUGUACUCUGCCAACUUCAUUGAUGAGUGUGAGAUCACCGAGUCUUGAAGCUAUUGACCGUUGAUGCUGUAACUACUUCAGAUGGCAAAGAAUUCCAGUCAUUGACCCCUCUGACACUGAAAGUUUUCUGUCUCGUAUUCAGUAUAUUCCUUUCCAUAAACAGCUUGUAUAGAUGGCCACUCGUUGCUUGAGUGAUAGCUGAUGUGAAGAAUAGAUCUCUAUUCACAUCAUCAAUGCCAUGAAUGUCCCUCCUUUGUCCCUUCUGGUAGUGGUAGCUGGUUGAAAGGAUUUUAAUUGGUUAAAUGAAUUGGUGAGAGUGCUAUGAAACAGCCUUUCUCAUUUGAAAUUGCAUCAUAAAUAUGUGUGCCUUUAGGAUAUAAAGUAAAAAAAAAAUUGUUCUCAGAAUACAAAUUUGGAGAGAAUUUAUGGAUAUUAUUUAUUUCACUGAUUUCAACAAUCUAGAUAAACAAAAUAUUUUAUCUUGAGAUAAAAUGCAUCAACGAAUACCACCCCUGUGCAUUUACUUGUAUCUUGAAGAUAAUCUUCCUGAUUGCAAGUGUAAAUAUCAAAUAGUAAUUGCAAGUUUAAAUUUCAUAUACCCGGUAGUAAAUUAAGAUCCCUUAAAUAUUGAAUAUUUCUCCUAUGCUUGCAAAUUGUAGAUAUACUAAACUUGCAUUCUUGAAUGUUGAUUGUAAUUUUGCAGGAAAGUCCAACUUGAUGGAUGCCAUCAGUUUUGUACUGGGAGAGAAAACAUCCAAUCUUCGUGUUAAACGACUUUCUGAGCUGAUUCAUGGAGCUCCUAUUGGCAAACCAGCAUCUAAUCGGGCUACAGUCUCAGCAAUCUAUUCUGAAGAAGAUGGUAGCGAGACACAGUUUACCCGGAUAAUCAUGGGAGCUUCUUCAGAAUACAGGAUUGAUAAUAAAGUGGUUAGUGCAGCACAGUAUGCAGAAGCCUUGGAGAAGAUUGGUAUCCUUGUCAAAGCUAGGAACUUUCUAGUGUUCCAGGGUGCUGUUGAGUCAAUUGCCAUGAAGAAUCCCAAGGAGCGAACUGCCCUCUUUGAAGAAAUCAGUCGCUCUGGUGAACUACGGGAAGAGUACGAGCAACGUAAGGCUAAUAUGAUCAAAGCAGAGGAAGACACACAGUUCAACUACCAUAAGAAGAAGGGUAUCGCUGCUGAACGCAAGGAAGCUAAACUUGAAAAAGAAGAAGCAGAGAGAUACCAGAAACUCAAAGAAGAAUUGGCCGACAAGCAACUGGAGUUUCAACUCUUCAAACUAUACCACAAUGAGAAUGAUAUCAAAAGGCUUUCAGAUGAAUUGGGAGGUAGGAACGAGGAACUGAAGAAGUCUGUUGAGAAGAGGGAAGGGGUAGAGGAACGUAUUCGAGGAAAGAAGAAGGAACUUGGACAGCUUACCAGAGAGUUGGCUGCUAUUGAGAAGGACACUAGAGAAAAGGAAGUAGAGUUGAACAAGAAGAAACCACAAUUCAUCAAGGCUAAAGAGAAUACAAGCCAUAUGAACAAGAAGCUGGAAAAUGCCAAGAAAUCCCUGAAGUCUGCUAAGAAGGCUCAUGAUAAACACAUGGCUGAUAUCAAAGAGCUAGAAGAUGAAUUGGAUACUGUGGAGAGGAAGAGACACGAUUAUGAAGAGAGAUUAGAAGAAGAGAGCCAGAGUCAAGGCAAAGACAUGACCCUAGAAACAUCACAGGUUGAGGAAUACCAUUCUUUGAAGAAAGAAGCUGGUAUGAGAGCAGCUCAACUCCUGCAGGAGCUUGAGAAACUCAACCGAGAUCAAAAGUCUGACCAGGAUAGACUGGAAAGUGAGAGGACACGAAAAUCAGAAAUACAAGCCAAGAUCAAACAGAAAGAACAUGAAAGGGAGGAGAAUCAGAGACGUCUUGAGAAGCUGAAUGAUUACAUUAGGGCAAGUGAAUCAAACAUAGCAGAGCAGACCCGCCUUCGUGAGAGUCUUGAAGAGGAGGUGAAUGGAGCAUCGAGUCGAAUGCAGGAGAUUCAGACAGAGAUGACAUCCAUUGUUGAGCAGCUAGGAGAAGCCAAGGUUGAUAAACAUGAAAGCGCUCGUCAUCACAAGAAGGCUGAACUCAUUGAUAAUCUCAAGAGGCUUUUCAAUGGUGUGUAUGGGCGGUUAAUUGACCUCUGUGAACCAAGUCAGAAGAAGUACCAGAUAGCUGUGACCAAGGUGCUAGGUAAGAACAUGGAUGCUAUCAUCGUAGACUCCGAGAAGACUGCCAGAGACUGUAUCCAGUACAUGAAAGAACAACGUUCAGAUCCUGAGACUUUCCUUCCAUUAGAUUUCAUUGAAGUCAAGCCCAUCAAUGAAAAACUCAGGGAGAUCCGGGAUCCUCGUGGAGUGAGGCUUGUAAUCGAUGUCAUCCGAUAUGAUCCGCCGAAUGUGAAGAAAGCACUGAUGUAUGCCUGUGGUAAUGCUUUAGUGUGCGAGACAGUAGAAGAUGCCCGGACCAUUGCCUUUGGACGUCAUGAGAGACAUAAGGCAGUGGCCCUAGAUGGGACCAUGUUCCAAAAGUCUGGAAUCAUUUCAGGAGGUGCUAGUGAUUUGAAAGCAAAAGCCAGGCGUUGGGAUGAAAAGUCUUUGAAUAAUCUGAAGCAACGUAAAUCUGAACUGAACGAUAACCUCAAGGAGCUACAGAAGACCAAACGUAAGGAGUCUGAGCUGAACAACAUCAAGUCACAGAUCAACGGGCAGGAGACCAGACUGAAAUACUCCAUCAAUGAUAGAGAUAAUACUCAAAAGAAAAUCCUUGCCAACAAUGACAAAGCUAUUCAGAAGCUCAUGCAGGACCUUGAAGGGUUUGAUCCUCGUAUGAGUGCAAUCGAGGAGCAAAUCUCCCAGAGAGCGGAGCUGAUCAAAGCCAAGACCACCUCAAUGAACCGUGUUGAGGAUGAGGUCUUUGCGAACUUCUGUGACCAGAUCGGUGUAGCCAACAUCAGGCAGUACGAAGAGAAGGAACUUAGGGCCCAGCAGGAGAGAGCCAAGAAGAGGCUAGAGUUUGAGAAUCAUAAGUCACGUCUCAUGAACCAGCUGGAGUAUGAGAGAUCAAGGGACACAGAAGCCAAUGUGACCAAGUGGAAAAAAGAUGUUGCCAAAGAUGAGAAAGAUUUAGAAAAACUCAAAAAAGAGGAAGCAAAACAGAUGAAGAUUAUUGAUGAUGAGACAGAGGCAAUGACAAAGCUGAAAUUCUCCAAGACAACCAAGAAAUCUCAAAUUGAUGACAAGAAUUCUGAAGUUGAAGAGAUUCGUAAGCAGCUUAUAUCAUGCAACAAAGAAAUAACAGGUGUCCAGAAGCAGAUCACAGCGACUGAGACAAAGCUUGAGCAGAAGAAAGCUGAUCGUCAUAGUCAUCUCAAAGCUUGUAAGAUGGAGGAUAUCAAGCUACCAAUGAAGAGAGGAAAUAUGGAUGACAUCUCAGAAGAAGCUGAGCAUGGUGGAAGCCAGCGUGAUGCUGAUGACAUGGAGAGUAUGACUGGAGCUGAUAGUAUGAGUAGCCAGGGAGCCAAAUCAAUUUAUGCUAGAGAAGCUAAUAUCAUCAUCAACUACCGCAGACUUAGUCAUAGUCUCAGAGAGCUUGAUGGAAGUGAGAUCAAAGAAGAAGCAGAUAAACUAUUAUCAGGGAUUUCAAGCAUGGAAGCUACACUACAGAGGAUAGCUGCCCCAAACAUGAAGGCCAUGGAAAAACUUGAUGGAGUAAAGGAGAGAUUCCAGUCCACCACAGAAGACUUUGAAGCAGCCAGAAAGAGGGCCAAAAAAGCCAAACAACAGUUUGAGAUCAUACGCAAGGAACGAUAUGAGAGGUUCAAUACCUGCUUCGAACAUAUUUCAAAUAGGAUUGAUGACAUCUAUAAGGCUUUGUCACGUAAUCACAGUGCCCAAGCCUUCCUAGGACCAGAGAACCCUGAGGAACCCUAUCUUGAUGGCAUUAACUACAACUGUGUAGCCCCAGGAAAACGCUUCAGGCCAAUGGACAACUUAUCUGGAGGAGAGAAGACGGUUGCUGCUCUUGCCCUUCUCUUUGCCAUCCACAGCUAUCAGCCUGCACCAUUCUUUGUGUUGGACGAGAUCGAUGCUGCUCUCGAUAACACCAAUAUCAGCAAGGUAGCUGAAUACAUCAAGGAACAGUCUGAAAACCAGUUCCAAUGUCUUGUUAUUUCACUCAAAGAAGAGUUCUACAACCAUGCUGAUGCCCUCAUUGGAAUCUACCCAGAGCAAGGGGAGUGCAUCAUCAGCAGGGUGUUAACCCUUGACCUUACAGAAUACCCAGAAGCCCCUCAAGUCCCCAACCCCAUCACUGGUAUCCGCUAAAUCUAUCCUCCCAACCCUCUUCACCCCACACCAACACACUCAAUCUGCUGCAGCCGUCAGGGAAUGGUUGGAUCACACAACAUCAUCGUAUGUCUCCUCUGUUUUCAUAAAACUUUGUUUUUAUUUAAGAGUUGUAUAGAAGGUAUAGGUAAAUCUUUGUUUACAAAAUAUGUAAAUCUCGUAUCACAACUUUGUUUUCUUUUGGAAUCAUAUGGAAAAAAGGAAAAUUAUCGAACACUUGGAAACUAUCAAAGCACAGCUUGAAACAUCGUUGUUAUACAUGUAAUUGAUUAGUUUUGAGUUAACCAUUAUCAUACAUCUGUAUUCCUAAAUGCAUUAUGAUUUCUUCAUAAUGUCUUAGCCUACCUUAUCCUUACUGUCCUUGUUUACAAUAUUUUUCUUACAAAAUUGCCCUGAGCAAUGCAUUGACUGAAUGCUUCCUUGGUACUUCCUUUGCAACUUGACUGUCGUCGAGGGUUAUGACUUGAGACUGAGUCUCAAUCAGUACCGUAUAGUGACAUCUCAGUACCUACUUUCAUCCAAAAGGGCAGAUGCCUUUUGUGUGACAGGUUGAUCCUAGACCAUCAUAGGGAGCCUCACUCAAGUAAACCAGAAUUGUGUUCACACAAUAUUAACAUUGUGUAGAAUUUGAAUCCUAAUACAUGUUAACAAAGUCACUUAAGAUGAAUGUUUAGGCAAAACAAAAAUUUUCAAGUAUGAAUUGAUUAUGUGAUUAAACAUUUUUUUGUAAACACAAGCCUGCACCCAUUUUAAUUUGUGUUUCAUCAUGGGCUACAUUCCUUUGAGUAAGGAGCCCUUGAGGUGAUAGCUGUAGAUUGUUUUUGGUUUAAUUCAAGGUAAAUUUCAUGUAAGCCAUAACCUCAGGUCCUGUACAAUCUACCACGGCAAGUCAAUUGGAUAGGUUUUAUCCUCACUACCUCAACUUAAACAAGGGCGUCUCGUGUGAACCUUCCAUACUCUGCUACUUACACACACACACACACACUUGCCUUGAGAUUGUGAACCUAACUAGGUCAAUGCCAUUGUCAGCCCAUGUGUUCUUGUUUGUUUGAUCAGAUUUAAGGAAUGCUCUAGGCUGAACUAGAUCAAAAGUGGUUCACAAAUUUAUAUGUAAUGUAGCACAGUAUGUCAUUUUGGUGCUGGGGUCAAAGGUUAGUGUCAUAGGUCAGAGGUCAAUCCAUUUCCUCAGCUCAAGUUCUCCUUUUGAGUAAUGAUAACAGUACAGAGGGUCCUGCAGUCAUAUUAAGUAUAAUUUCAAAAUGAUAGAAAAACUGGUUGGACUUGGGUUUGUCAUCAACUGAUUUUUCCUUGCACCUUUUGAAGUUGUUAAAUAUUUAUCUGAAAAGGGGGCCUUAAAGGGAUCAUCAGUGAAUUCUUGAUACUUGGGUUUUACAAUACAGAUGUAGAGAUAAUGGACUGUCAAUCUAUAUAUUCGAAUUAGAAUUGGUCUAUCCAUGGUGUGUAAGAGGAUGGGGUUGUGUUGUUGUUACCUUUGUACUGUAAAUAAGUAAAUUGUACAUGUAUUUGCACCAUUGAUCUCAGUAAUUAUUGGGGACAAUCACAUCAGACACUGUUCAAAUCUUGUUACAUGUAUGUACAUAGUGCAUUCCAGUAGUUUACAUUUUCAACUUCCCUUAUUAUCUCCUGCUUUUAUAAAUCUAAUGCAAGUUUUGAAAUUGUAAAUACAUUUUUUCUCAUUCAUUCCUUUCUAAUCUGUUAGCUAAUAUUUAGUGUCGGGUCAGAGGUCUAGAGUUAUUAGAUUGCAUGUUAACAGUUUCUUUCAUAGACUUUGUACCUGUGAUUCCAUCCAAGGUCAAGGGCAUGGUCGGCUAAUAUAGGCCUCAAUGUCAGCUUUAAACUUGUCACUCCCAAUAGUUAUAAUGAAGGUGCCAUUAAUGUUUAGUGAAGGGUUGAUAUAGUUGUUAUUGGUCACAGGUAUACAAUUAAAAAGUACCAGUGAGUUUUUGUAUGACUUUCUUCUUAUUUCUCCUUACAUCGUCCUUUCUUUGCAAGUCAGGUAUCAGAAAUUUUAAAAAUUGAGGGAUUGACAUUGGAAUUCUCUCCUAAUCAUUGUAUUUAUAAAAAUUUAUCUUUAUUCCCUGUUAUUUACAAACCUCCUUUGCCUAUAUUUCAUCCAAGAGUAGUCUUUGUUAGGUAUUUUUGAUAAUGAUAAAAAAGUUUACUUGAAACUUGUACAGCUCAUUGAUCUAUGUAUCUGUUAGAAUUUGAUGUUGGUGUUUACUUGUUUUAACUGUGCAAAGGGAUAAUGAAUUCAAAAACGUUUAUUAUUCAGAUGUGAAUGCAAGAAGACUUCUUAAUUGUGGUAGUAUGACAAUAAAUAAUCCAAUUUGUAUGUAAA